AUGACUCGGGCGAAGGGCUUCUCCAGAGCAGUUGCCUUUGGCGCCUCAGUCUCUUUGCUCUGCGCUGGGACGCUGGUUUGCCUGACCGAGGCCAAAGGGACGUAUUACCGCCACCCUCUGCCUAUCUCCUACGGCAACCGAUACAACCUCUACACCUCGGGAUCUAGCCCUCAACUCACUCCGGAGAAGCCCCUGGCGAGACAUAAGACCUAUUGUGCAUAUGUGGUGCAGAGGAAUGUCACGUGCACUCUUCAGGAUGGAGUGGAGAGCUAUGUGAAAGCUGAGUAUCACAAGUGCAGCUGGGGACCCAAGUGUCCUGGAAAAGUCGUUGUGGUUAAGCUGGCUAAGUUGAAAAAUGAGGGUGAGGGUGUCUUCAAUCCACCCUUACUCUGUGGAGCACUACUACUACGUUCGCGUUGGAAGCACUUACCAAGACACUUUUGGGUUGAAAAAUACGGUCGAAAAAUUCCUAAUGUGUUUGGAGAGAGACUGGACCACUUGGAAGAGGAGGUCAGGCGUCUCUCACAGUCUUAUGAUACCUUAUACAAUAUGGUGAGUGGCUUGGGGGAUCACCUGCGACUUGCCAUCCAGGAAGAUACGAGUAAAAUGAUUGGCUCUCUCAUGAAUAGUCCAACUGUUCCUGAUUCAACCAUGGGAUUCGGAAUCAUUCCUGAGGGAAUCGUGGAUGCUGCAGACAAAGCUGAGCUCUCCCCCUAUCCACCUGUGGGUGAGAUUCUAGGCAAAGUGACUGAGAUGAGCGAUUCACUGAAAAUCAAGACUAACCUACUUGAAGAAGUGCACGGCAUGGUCCUAGAUCAUGAUGGGCAGAUCAAAAACUUAAUGGAAUCAGCUCGGCCUUCACCACUCACUUCAAUUGAUAUGUUAGAAGAAUAUAUAGACAACAGGCUUAGCAACCUGAGAUUGGAGCUUUUGGAUGGCUUUGAGAAAAAACUGAUAAAUAUUCAGAGUACCUGUGAUUACCAGAUCAAGGAAGUAAAACAGCAGUGUGAGGAAGAGAAAGCAGCCAACCUCCGACUUCAACAGAUCUUGGAUGGCAAAGAACUAGAGAUCAAAAAAGACAUUUCUCAACUGGAAACACAGAUCCAUGGACUGACAGUUGUAGAAAACUGCUGCAGCAACUUGAACUACCUCACCAAACGGAUGGAUAUUUUGGAAAAAGGCCUACAUAGUAUUUCUGAGUCUCAGAAGAAUCUACAUUCUAGGGUAGAUAAUGAAUUGUCUCCCGACACGUUGGGGAUCAUCUUUGAAGGACGCUUUGUGGACCUUGAGGCUAGGCUGAAUUUUACAGAGAGGGAAAUAGGAAGUUGUUGUUCUAAUGUAGAAGACACCAUGAGAGGUUUGAUGGGAUCAGAGCUAGAUGGCACAAAAGCUCUUUUUGAAAACAAAAUUACAACCUUGGAGGAAAGGCUCAUAACUAUUGUAGGAGAUGUGAAUAAUGUCAGUUCUGCAGUGGGGCUAGAUGGAGCUGUAAUGCCAUUCUUGGAAGGAGAGCUUGCUACUAUAACAAGGGAAACAGAAGAGAAGAUGGAAGUACUACAGAGCCAACUGACUAACUUGGAGACCACUUGCUUGUUGGGUUGCACUUCCAAAUCCAAAGAUGUAGAAAUCUUCCGUACAGAGAUAGAAGACUGCCAAAACAAGAAUCAAGAUUUACUGCUAAGGAUGGACAGCAACUCAGAUCUGCUGCAUAAACUCAAUAUUACUAUCUUGGAGAUGCAGAGACGGAUAGAGGAGGAAACGGCUGGAACCUUGCAAGGUGAGAUCACAUUAUUAAAGAUCAAUUUGAACACCAUGACUAAAUCUCUAACUGGGCUGAAGGAUUCUGUUUCCCAGUACUCUGACUCAGUACUGCAUGUUAACUCAUCCUUGGAUGAUCAUGAGCGUAAGAUAGAAGAUGAGGUCCAUUCACUUCAAGAAAUGAUCAGUAAUCAAGAUUCCCAGCUUUUCUUCAGUAACAAGCGUGUCUUGAACCUAAAGGGAGACCUUGAAAGGCUGAGAUCCAGGAUCAUCAAUGACUUGAGCAACUGCAAAAGUCUGGCUCUCGGCCUGCAGAAAGAAGUGCUCCAAUUUGAUGACCGUGUGGCCCAAAUAGAAGAUACGUGUGGCCGAUUGGGCAGUGUGACAGGAAGCCUGGAACACAUCAGAAAUGAACUGGAAAACAAUGCAGGAAGUAUGUGGGGUUACAUGAAUCAUAUUAACAAAACUUUAGCUACUCACUCUGAGGAAAUAACGGUGCUCAAGAAUAACUUGUUGGAUUGCCAAGCAAAAAUUACAGAACUAUCUGAAGAUGUUGGUCUUCUAGAAGGCAAGCUGAAAAACAACCAACAUUAGUUUAUAUUGGGUCCAAAGUAUACCUAACUUAUAUCAUACAGACUCCAAAGAGAUGGUACCAGGAUUUUUGUUUUAUUUUGGUUUUCAAGAGGGGGAAGGUCACUAAACUUUAAAAGCUGCUAUAGUCCUUUCCCUGAUUUCUUCGGUAUGGUUUUUUUAAAUUACA